GUUAAAAUCACAUUUAUGUAUUAAUAAAUGCUAAUUUCACCCGGUUUUAAUACGCUUUUGAAUAUGCCAUACGCCAACCAGCCGACGGUAAAAAUCACUGAACUGACAGACGAGAAUGUGAAGUUUGUCAUCGAGAACACAGAUUUAGCGGUGGCUAACUCAAUCCGCAGUGUCUUCAUGGCAGAAGUUCCAACAAUAGCUAUUGAUUGGAUCCAGAUCGAUGCAAACUCCUCUGUCCACCAUGAUGAAUUUGUCGCACACAGAGUGGGUUUGAUCCCUCUGACCAGUGACGAUAUUGUAGACAAAAUGCAGUACUCCAGGGACUGCACAUGUGACGAGUUCUGUCCAGAAUGCUCCGUGGAGCUCACCCUUGACGUCAGGUGCACAGAGGACCAGAAGCGGCAUGUGACCUCCCACGAUCUUCUCUCCAACAACCCCAGGGUCAUCCCGGGAGUUACUUCAUGGAGCCGGGAUAAUGAUCCUAAUGAUUACGUUGAGCAAGACAAUAUCCUGCUUGUGAAGCUGCGAAAGGGCCAGGAACUGCACCUCAGAGCCUACGCCAAAAAGGGCUUUGGGAAGGAACACGCCAAGUGGAACCCCACUGCAGGGGUGUGUUUCGAGUAUGACCCGGACAAUGCACUCAGACACACUGUCUUCCCUCGUCCAGUGGAAUGGCCCAAAAGUGAAUACUCAGAGAUUGAUGAAGAUGAGGUGCAGGCUCCCUACGACCCCAAUGGGAAACCUGAAAGGUUUUACUACAACGUGGAGUCAUGCGGCUCGCUGCAGCCCGAAACCAUCGUCUUGUCUGCUCUGGCCGGGUUAAAGAAAAAACUGAGUGACCUGCAGACCCAGCUGAGCCAUGAGAUACAGAGCGAUGUCCUCACUAUUAAUUAAACU